UGGGAACAUUGCAAAUGUAAUGGCCAUGGAAGUGUAAAAUUAGACAGUUCAUAUCGCCUCUUUGUUGUUCCUAAGGGAUUAAAUGAAAUGUUUCUUUUUCAUUGCUUCAUAACAUAAAAAAGAAAAAGAAAAAUAAAAAGAAAAAGGUUGUUUUCACAAGACUUUAAAGUUAGGUAGAAGUAGUAGAUGAACAUAUUUCUCAACCCAAGUGAAAUUUUGUGUGAGGAUUUUCCUAGUAAAUGAGGUUCCUGUAGUAAGUAAAGAAGCGAAUUGAGUGAUUAGAAGAAUUAGGCAAUAAAAAAAGAGACUAAUCAAAUAUAAUGAUUGAAAUCUAUACUAUUUCUGUUCAUAUCAUUUAUUAUGUACAUGAAUUUCAGUGAAAAACUUUGAUUUGGUACCCUUUAUUGGGGGAGGACUUUGUAUCUUAUUAAGUUUUGCUAAAGAUUUAGCAAAUCUACAAGCUGUAGAACAAGUACUUUUGUCUCCCUCCAUGAGCCUCAGAUAUGAAAGGAUCAUUUAAGUUACGUUUUUCAGCUACAUAAUCAUAUCAACCAAUAGAAACUACAGGGUAACAAUUCUAAUCCCCUGAAAGAUGAAAUAAUGAUUUGAUUCUGCUGAAUUUGUUGUCAAUAUGGUGGCCGUGUGUGCAUAGAUACAAACAAAAGUAGUCUUUGUAGUGGGUCUCAGAGCAAUCAAAAUACAAUGAACUGGCAAGCAGAAGAGAAGAAAGAGCAGAGAAAAAGUUGAAAUGCUUUUUUAUUGUGCAUGAUUCCACUUAAGACAACCAGGUUGGUAACCACAUAUGGACAAUUAUAGUAUAAAAAUAUAAAUGAAGAAUAUAAGAUAAAAUUACUUAGCACUGCAAAUUUAGAUAUUUCUUCCUAGCUUAAAUUAGAUAGAUUGGACACUCAGAACCAACUUCACUUUAUGGUUAAUGGUAUCAAUCAGAAAUUCAUUAAAAAUGAUUGAUAAGAGAUAUUUCCUUCGACAUACUGAGGGGAAAUUCUUUGUUAUUUCUAGUAAUAUUCUUGAAGUUUGUUAUUGGAUUUGCUUUAUUUUCUGGCCGCUGCCCAGUGCCCACAAGCAUAGAUUCUCUCAAUUUUGCAUAUCCAGAGCUCUCUCUCCUAGCUGGGAGCCUUGCGGAUGGACGAACGUGCUCUGCCUGCUGGGAUUCUUUGUGUUUCACAAAAAGAUUUCCUGCUUUUGUCCUUGUCUUUACUUCUCCUUUUCACAGAUGCCUCUCCCUUUCUGAGUUUCUUGGCUAUAUGGUGCUAUGUGCAGCUGGUGUACACACCACACUGGCAUAGUGAUUCAUAUUCUCCCACAUUUUAUUCCACUUUCACAUCACCAAAUUGGCUAUAAAUAGACAUUUUCAUUGUUGUUUUUCUACAUCACAGCAUAUUACACUUCUGGGUCAUUGCAUAUACUCACAAGUGCCUCUUAAGUGAAGUUCUUACAACUUUCAACAUGAGCUACUCACAUUCUAAUAUCAGCUCUGGUAGUAGAUCAACAGCAAGAAGAUCAUUAGAGUUUGGAAGAACACAUGUUGUAAGGCCCAAAGGAAAACACCAGGCCACUAUUGUUUGGCUGCAUGGCCUUGGUGAUAAUGGCUCUAGCUCUUCUCAGCUCCUGGAAACCCUUCCUCUUCCAAACAUCAAAUGGAUUUGUCCAACUGCUCCAACUCGACCGGUAUCUCUACUCGGAGGCUUUCCUUGCACUGCAUGGUUUGAUGUGGGAGAGUUUUCAGAAGAAGGUCCAGAUGAUUGGGAAGGUCUUGAUGCCUCAGCUGCCCAUAUUGUAAACUUACUGUCUGCAGAACCAUCUGAUGUAAAAGUUGGAAUUGGAGGCUUCAGUAUGGGAGCUGCAAUGGCACUUUACUCUGCAACUUGCUGUGCUCUUGGAAAAUAUGGAAAUGGAGUCCCAUACCCCAUCUACCUAAGGGCAGUUGUUGGACUUAGUGGCUGGCUUCCUGGGUCAAGGAGCUUAAGGAACAAAUUUGAAGCAUCACACGAUGCUACGAGGCGAGCGGCAUCAAUUCCUAUUUUACAGUUUCAUGGAACAGCUGAUGAGGUAGUACCUCUAAAGUAUGGAGAGAAAUCAGCCCAGACCUUGACCUCAGCUGGGUUUAGAACCCUAGUUUUCAAAAGCCAAGAAGGGCUGGGGCAUUACACAAUCCCAAAAGAGAUGAAUGAAGUCUGCAGUUGGCUGAACUCAAGGCUGGGGCUUGAGGGAUAUCGCUGAGAAUUCUUGAAAACUCCAUUUUCAACGGUACAGCUGAGAAGAAAGAGGACAAUAAAGUUAUUAACAAAAGAAAAGCUUAUGCUUUUUGGUUUGAGUAGGCUAUGGUAGAAUGGGACAUGGGGCUUUUGGUAUAGAGAAAGAAACUUCCCUGAUUCCCUUUUAAAACUUCUCUGUUCCCAAUAAAGUUUUGGAUUAGUUUCUCAAUUUAUGAAAUAUGUGUAAUAGUUGUAACUUGUAGUAGUAGUACCAAUAGUUGAGCUAA